AUGUCGAUUCUAAAAAUAAUCAAGAACGUUUUUGUAAUUUUAUAUUUCGUGUGUGUACUUUCUUCAAUUACAUCAUCAUCAUCAAUUCUCAUUGAUAGUGAAAUAGGAGAUGUGAAUGUGAUUAUUCCUUGUCCGAUAGAUCGAACUAAAUGGACGUUUCCAACCAUCCUUCAAUGGUAUCGUUCUGACAAUAAUUACACAAAACCAAUAGCUAGUCAAUUCGAUGAUUAUCCUGUGCAUAUCGAUGAUUUCUAUCGAUAUAAAUACAGUCUUUUAUCGAAUGGUUCAUUAAAUAUUGCUAAUGUACAAUUAAAUGAUAAUGACACGUUUGAAUGUCGUUUGAUUUUAAUUGAUCGUGGUCUACUUGAUAUCAAAGAUAAAUAUCUGAUUACAUUUCGUGUUAAUGAAAAACCACGUUUUAUUAAUCUAUCGAAUUCGUUACAAAUCGCUCCACAUUAUACAACGGUGGAUUUCAUUUGUCAAAUUUAUGGCGUACCAGUUCCAGUAGUGACAUGGUACCGAAUUUUUGAGAAAAAUGGUAACGAAGAUCAAGAAUUAGUGUCAGGCAAUGCUCAACAAUUGACUAUGCAUAAUAUUGAUGAUCGCAUGGCUGGACAUUAUCGAUGUCGAGGAGAAAAUCGUUUGGGAGUAGUACAGCACGAUUUUCAACUUCUUAUACGUGGUUCAAUUUAUUGGCGACGUUUUCCUCAAAGUCAAACAGUCAAAAUCAACGAGAGUUUGAUUUUGAAAUGUGAGGGUGAAAGUAGUGAACCAUUACAAUAUCAUUGGUUGAAAGAUGAUCUUCCUAUAUCGGAUGUAAUUGCAUCACAGGAUCGGAUACGAACAUAUAGCGAUGGUGUGCUUAAUAUUCAAAGAAUUGAACCUUCUGAUCAUGGAUUGUAUGUAUGUAUUAUCAGUGCAUCGAAGCUAGUCAAUGUGCGCAGCAAACCUGCGAUUAUUACAGUUACAUAUCCACCGAUGCCAUCACGUAGUCGUCAAGUGGGAAAUUUAACGUUGAUUCGUGGUUCUGUUGGAAUAUGUCCGUGUUUACUGGAUGCAUAUCCACCAAUUCAGUCGGUAGCUUGGUAUCGAAAUGAUAAAUCGAUACGUAUCGAGUCGAGAUCAAGUGGUGCCUAUUCGAUCAAUUCUGACUACAGUUUGGUGAUUAAAUCAGUUGAAAGUACGAACGAUGGAAAAUACUUUUGUCGAGCACAAAAUUUAGAAGGGUUUGGACAGGACAGUCUACCAUUCUAUGUCGAAACUAGAGAACCAAUUAAAUUUCUUCUAAAACCUAAAUCAAUCUAUCGUGUUCAUGAACGUGACCAACUGAUAAUACCGUGUGUUGCUUUCGGAAAUCCGCAACCAAUGAUCAAAUGGUUUAAAGACACACUUGACCUGAAAGAUACCAAUAGUAAUUUAACAUUGGAUUCGAUCGACAAAACCGAUCAUGGAAUAUAUGUGUGUCAAGCAAGUAAUGAACAUACAACUACGAAUAUUACUACAUUGAUCAUAGUCGAAAAUACAACGCCGCAAGCACCUCAUCAUGUUGAAUAUAAACAAUUCGGACCUAAUCUUGUUUUAUCUUGGGACGCAGGUUAUGAUGGUGGACAAGCUCAACAUUUUAUCAUUUGGUAUCGAUUAUUACACGCGAAAAAACGAGAUUGGCAUCAAGUUCGUGUGUUACCUACGAAUGCAACGGAAUUUAUAUUAUUCGAUUUGAAAUUGCAACAAACGUAUGAAAUCACGAUUGUUGCAGAGAAUCAGUUCGGUCUAGGUACAUUCACUCCUAUUCGAACAAUUGAAUUGAACAAUACUGAAAAUAUUUCCGCCGAUUAUUUACAUGACUCACAAAAACCAAAUCUCUCUCGACCAGCAUCUCCAACAAAUCUUCGUUUAUCUCAAUCAAGAUCAAAUCUUUACAUCACAUGGAAUCAUCCCUCAUCAACCAAUAUUGUUUCAUAUGUCAUACAAUGGCGUUCUACUAUUCUCUUCAACAACCAACAAUCGCAACAGUUUAUCGUUGUUGAUUACCCUACAAAUUCAUACACGAUCAAAGAUAUUAAGCAAACGAAAUAUCUUGUCGAAAUUUUCUCCUAUUCAGAUACGGGAACAUACAGUCUUCCUGUUCGAUCACAGAUCGACAUACAAUUCAAUUCGAUUCUUGCUUAUAGUGGAUCAAGCAGAAUUUUGAUUGUAUCCCUUUGUAUUCUGAUUCUACUAACCAUCGGAUCAAUGUGUGUAUGCGUAUUCUGUAUAUUUAAAUACUAUCAUUAUCGACGAACGUACUGUACAGACAUUGAAUGUGAUAAUAAAUGGAAGUGGUGGUGUUUUCCUUCAACUCGAUAUAAAUUGGGUGAUUGUUCCCAUAUGAAAGUCGAUCGAUACCAUGCAAAUCUUUUGAAAACAAAUGAUCUAGCAACGACACCCUUAUACAAUCCUCAAAAUCGAAUUUUACCUCAAGCUAAUGCAGCAUGUCUUCGACCGCCAUCUCCACAAGAUACUUACACUGAUUCAACAAUAUCUCUAGCCAAAGUAACAACUGUUCCACGCUGUCGUGAUUCCAUCAUUUCUAAUCCAAUUGCUACACCACAAUUAACACGCAGUUCUCAGCCGAUGGAUAAGCCGCACACAAUUGUUUCAUCGACUUUGACAUUUGCAGCGAUCGAUGAAAACAAAACGACAUCGUUUGCCGAGUCAACUUCAUCUGGAAAUAUUUCACCUAUACCAUAUGCCGAUUCCGAUACUCGCAAAAACGCUUCGCGUGUACCCCUUGAAGCUGUUCCAGAAAUGAAUGAACUCGAUGUAGCAAAUCGAUAUAGCUUUGAGCCAACCUUAUCUGUUUCUCAUUAUUCACGUACAGUCCAACCUAGUCCUGUUCUUAUAACAUUUGAUUCUAGUUCAUUGAAACGGCGUACUUGA